AUGCGGGACUCGGAACUGGACCUCCUGGUGGUGCAGUACUUGAAGAAGCGCAAGCUCGACCACACCCUUCAAGUCUUCCAGCGGGAGGGCAGCGUCGCCGGUCCGGCACCCAAUGCCGGCCCCGGCGCGACAGCCGCCGCACUCGCGCAGGCGCAGCCCGACGCGGCCGAUGCAGGCCUAGCGCGCGGCCUGCUGGGCAGCUAUGCGGCGGACGCGGCGCCGCAGGCGUAUUUGGACAGCUUUGACGCGCUGCUGCGGUUCGUGGACGCAUCUCUAGAUCUGUACAAGCCGGAGCUGCGGCGCGUGGUCUACCCUGUGUUCGUCCACACGCACCUCCGCCUCGUCGCGCGCGGCGCCGGCCCCGCCGCCGCCGAGCUGCUGCGCGCCCACCACGCCCGCAUGACUGAUGCCGGCGGGCGCCGCUCGGCGGCGCGCGCGCACGAGGUGUCGCAGCUGCAGGGGAUCGCGCUGCCGUCGCACCUGGAGACCCACCCCUUUGCCAAGGCGGCCCUGGACCGCGCCGCGCGGCCGCUGGUACGAAUGUGCGCCUACAGCUUUGAGCUGCUCAUGCACUUUCUGCAUGGCAACAAGCUGUGGCUGCUGCUGGCCGUCAUCAACGAGCACAUCCGCUUCGAGGUGUACGACGGCCCCCCUUUGCUGCUGGACAGCGAUGCGUCCGCCGCUGAGGCAGAGGCCGGCCUCCUGCAGGUGCGCAACGCCGCCGCCCGUCUGCCGCUUGCCUGCAGCCACGCCUCCCCAACUUCUGAGCUUCACCAGAAGCCAUUGGCCCUUCCCCGAACCCCUUGA